AUGGAGCAGAAUCCACCAAAUGUUGUCGCAAGUGACGAAGAAACGGCAAGUGCGACUGGAAGUGAGUUUUCGCCUGGAUCGGGCUGCCGAACGCAGCGUCUCCUUUAUGAGCAGCGCUAUUGGGAGGAGCGGGCCAGGCUAUUGCUGGAGCUGGAGCAGUUGCGGCAGGGGACGCAUCCCGAGUACUUGAAGGUGGAGAAGCGCCUCCAGGACGAGCUGGACGAUCGAUUGCAGCAGAACGAGAUCGAACGGGACCGGGCGCUGGCCGCCAUCGAGCGAGACUGUUUGAUGGAGCAUGCGGCCUCGGAGGUGGAGUACGAGGAGAAGGUGGCCGAGUUGGUUGCGAACGCGAUUGCGGCCCUCGAGCAUGAGCGGCAAGCGAUCGAGCAUGAGUACGCGACGAUGGAGGUAGGCGGAUGUGCCGAUGGUGGUGGUGCGAUGACGCAGACCGCACGAUGGAAGCUGCGCAGUCGGGUGAAUGAGACUGCGACUCCGGAGCAGCACAAGAAGCCGAUGGUGCGGCAGCUUAAGUUUUUGCUCGAGGAGGACGAGAUCGUGGAUGAUCUUGGUGUUAUCUUAGCUAACACGCCGGAUGAUGGGGAGCGUGGCACAAACGAAGAUGGGAAAUAA